AUGACAGAAAGUGAAACAACCGACAGAAAAAUUGUGUUUGGGGUGGAUGCGAGUGAACACAGUGAGAGAGCUUUUGACUGUAAGUAGACUGAAGAAAACGUUCUGUUUUUAAAGUUUAGUCUACACUAAUCUGUAAUAAUUCUCUUUAAAUACUCACAGAAGAAUAGUUCAUUUUACAGCCUAGCCCUUUAUAUGGCCUCUGAAACAUUUUAAAACUUACAAAAGUAUUCCCUCACCUCAAAGAAUUGUACGGUACAGUGUGGCACGAAAUUUUUGCAAGAGUUUCGUUUUGCGGAUUGGCGAUUUUUUGUGUUUUGCGGAACUAAUUUUUGGGAUUUCGACAGAUACGUUUUUCUCGUUGGGAAUUAAUUUUUGAUUUUUUUUGUACUUGCAAUAGAAAUACAUAUUUUUAAACAAUACUACAGUGUACGCACCCUAUACUACGUAAAACGAGUAUUCUGGAGUAUUUCAUUGUAUACCGCUUUGUUCCUGAACGAAAGAGACACUUGUAAUUGAACAGACACCAUGUUUUAGUACUGCAGCGAAUUUAAGUUAGAGAAUAUUUUAUACUCUGGGGUAAACUUUUGAGGGGAAAAUUUUUGCGGAUCAGUGAGAAAAUCACAAAAAUCAUAACCCUCAAAAAUUUCGUGCCACAUGGGUAUUUAAGUGAUACUACGUGUGACUUUGGGUAUGUGUGAUUGUUCUGUUUGGUCAAGGUGUAAAUUCUAUUUGGGAUCCCAUGUGACUAAGGUGAAGACGGGCUUCACGUGGGGGACAGAUGUUAACUUACUUUGAUGCCCUCGAAAGGGACACUGGUCUUUUUGCUUCCUUGAAAUAAUUUUGCAAAGACUCAAACUGACAUAAUUACGAUCGAUGAUGAUGAUGAUUACUGGGCAAAGAUCAUUCACACCUUUCAUGGUUUUCAAAAAAAUCUUACAGGAGUCAAUUGAGAGAAGCAAAGAGAGAAUGAGCUACGAUAGAAAAGCGUAAAAGCGAAACCAUUAGCAUGCAAGCAAUUCUAUAUGUUAUGAGUAUUGUAUUAAAACCACUAUAAACUUUUAGGAUACGUCGUGCAUCUUAAGUUUCUAAGCAGUACUAACAUUGGGAAAAUAUGGAAAUCUAAUUUUAAUUUUCUUCAGCAACAUUCUACAAUUUAUUUCGUUUUCCUCAAAUGCUGGCAGAAGACUGUUCGUUACAUGAUUAUUGCCUUGGAGGCAGUAAACUAUUGGGGCGGGAAGACUUCAAACAAAGACACCAUCAGCCUGAUGAAAUUAUACAAGAUCAGUGAGAAAAAGUACCCCUUUCAUGUGAACAAACUGAGAUGAAAGGAAGAAAUAGUAGGGCCAUUUAUACGAGGAAAAAUAAGACGCGUCUUAAGUAAGACGCGAACUGUACCAUUUAUACGAGCAUGUCUUAUCUAAGACGAGAACAGCUCGUAUAAAUGGUUUGCGUCUUAUUUCUGCUCUUGACUCGUUUUCAUGUGAAUGUUGCCCGUAGCAACGGCAAUCCAACGUGGCGCGUUAAAAAUUAACGCAUGCAUACUAUGCGUUCGCGUCUUAUUUAAGACGCGAAGGUCAUUUAUACGAAGUUUUUCUCGUCUUAGAUAAGACGCGUCUUAUCUAAGAACAGGUGUUAAGGGCUGUUCUAAAAUAAGACGCGUCUUAGCUAAGUCGCGUCUUAUUUUAGACGAAAUGUGCCAUUUAUACCGAAAGUUCGCGUCUUAUGUUUCCUCGUAUAAAUGGCCCUAAUGUGUAAUAGGGGAAAUUUAAAUUUGACGGCACGAUAGUACACUUUUUUUCUUCAACUUUGAUCUAAUUUCAGGGUAUAUCAAUCACCUAUGUGACAAGGAAAGAGACCAUGUCAUGUUUGUACAUGCUCAAGAAUAUCCAAUCAAUCCAAAUGACACGUAUCCUCGUAAGUACAUUCAAAAUAGUCUAACUCGUACCCAGGCGUCUCCGAUGAACCUCUCGCAAUGGCGUGCAGGGCCUGAUGCAACCUCCUCCCAGGGCUUUUCCCUAGAAAAAAUGGGAGGGGGGAAGCCCUGGGGACGAGGUUGGGCCUCAUGAGCCUAAGGAGGAAACAUUAGUUGUUUCAGGAGCCAUAGUCGGGGUACACCGAUUAUGGCUCCUGGUUGUUUACCAUUUACAUGGGCAAACCAGUCGGUUCACGGUUUGGGCAAAUGGUAAGUAAAAUUCAGGACUGGUAAAUUUUGUCCUGGAAUCGCGUUUAACAUUUGCACAAAUUAUAUCCAUUUACCGAAAAAUGGCCGCGAAGGCCUGAAAUUGGUAUGAGAGAUGGCUUUGAAGAAUUGGAACACGAAUUCCCUACCUAUUAAGACGUUCCGUUUCUUGCGGAAAUUUUCCACUGAAACGACCCAAAAAGUCGUGUUUCACUUACUUUCCAAUCGGGUUGGGAAACUGUUUGUAAAUCUAAACACCCUUAAUUUCCUGCCAUGCGCGUCAGGGAGACGACUGGGAACGAGUCCGGCGACUUUAUAAAAUAAUUACUGACCCGAACUUCUUUAAAUUCUGAACGAACACGAUUGCCAUGAAUUAUCCAGGCUAAGACAACACGCAACAUCUGCAUUCAAAAUUCCGAGUGGAGACUCCCGUAUAGAAGGGAAGAGAAUGCCCUUUGGAAGACUGGAAAUAGACCUCGAAACGAAAACCAAUCUGUGCUUGGAUCAGGCAUUUUUUUUUUUGACCAUUACCAUACAGCAACACUGAAAACAAGGGAAUAAUUCAAGACGAAAACUUGACAAGCACUUGCUGUUAAUUUUUUUUCCUCUCUUUUUAGAUGGGUCUUAUUUGACUUUUGAGAAUUGGCAAAGUAUUAAGGACAAAAGUGACAGAGAGGUGAAGGAACUUUUGGAAUCCUACGGAAAGAAAUGUAAACAACAAAAGGUUUGUGAUUCUGAUUCAGCCACUUUGAAGUUCAGUUUACGAUUGGGUCGAUGUUUGGACGAAUUGCACUCUUGGACUAGUUUGGAGAUGAUAAUCGUCAAUUGUCUGGCGGUGUGACAGUGAUAUGGGCACCGCCUUUAACAAAACCCCAGUCUGAGGGUCUGAAUGGGGUCUAGUGUUAAGUGUUUGCUCAUAAUUUUUAGUGUUUGCUAUCAAAUUGGCCAAUUUUUUAAUGUUUACUGUUUCCGAAGAAAAUACUGUUAAUUGUUUGGAGGGUUCCUUUGACAUCUUCGGUUCAGUAAUAGUCGGACCUUGUCGUUAGUCCUCGGAAAUCUUCGACAGUUUUCGGGAAUCGUCGGUAGCCUUCGGUAAUUUUCUGACAUAACCCCGAAUUGUCGUAAAAUGGCCGAAAACUCCUUGAUAUACUAAACAAAAUAAUAUUGGCCUUUUUGGAGCCGUUUUUGCUUUUUUAUGAAAAAAAAUUUACCGUUUCAAGUAUUUUUUUACUGUUACUGUUAAAAUACCUAAGAUUUAACUGUUUCAUUUUACAAAGCCCAAAAAUGAAGUGUUUAGUAUUAUCGUUUGGCGUGAAUCUACCGAAUUUCAUGUAAUUUUAAUGAACAGUAAACGACAAGUAAAGGGAAACUUGGUCACGUGGUACAAAUACACGUUUGCCGUUUGCCGUCGCAGUUGACUGAGUCAGCAUUCGUCUUCCAAAACAGUCCCAUAGUAUAAUUCAGACGACACAGACACAGUCUCAAGCCUGGAGGGUGAUAGGCUCCUGCUGAAGCAAAAUGACCGAUCAAUUUAUCCAAAUGCUUGACCAGAAUUGCUGUGAAACAGUUUUCUUUAUUUUUCAGAUUAAGUUCGAGUUGUACAAGAAAGAACACAGUACACCUGGAGAAGUAAUAUGUCAGUUAGCUGCGGAUAGCAAAGCUCAGCUUAUUGUGACGGGUAGUCGUGGUAUGGGAACAAUACGUCGCACGUUUCUCGGCAGCGUUAGCGAUUAUUGCGUGCACCAUUCCCUCGUUCCUGUGGCGGUCGUUCCACCUCCAGUCGAAGGCUGUGGUCAAUGAGGGUUACACAAAGUACUAAAAACUCAUAUAGCUGGUUUGCAGAUAAUGUCAUCAAAAUCAAACCAAAGAAUUAACGAUCUUCCUGAGUUUUUACUUUGAUGAUGUGCCAGUAAAAACUAAUAUCUACACAAAUUUUACUUCAAAAGUUUUCUUCUUUUAGCUAUUGUUUGUGUGAUGGAGUGCGUCUGAAUUUCUAAGCUGUUGUGUCACGCCUUUCUUACACGGCGACCGAGAGAGCUGUCGUGUAGGUUAUAUCUAGUAUAAUAAAUAGUAUUACUUUUUUGAAAUGCUUAUUAGUUCCUCGAGAGAUGAAUGCGCGCUUUCGUAGAAAAACUCGCUGAACUCGCUGUUGGUUUCCGGCACCAACAUAGCGUCUCCAUAUAAAGCUCUUUAAAUUUGGGCAAAUCAAUUCUUCGAAUAUCUCGCAUAUGAAAAAUCGCACUGACCUGAAU